GACUUGGACGGCAAGUUUGAGAUGUUGGUCGAAGCUGUCAAAGAGGUGGAGGUCAAGAGCGACGGCGACGACAAGUAUGCCAAGACGCUGGUUUUCGCAAACUCCAAGACCACCGUCGAUGCGGUUUGCUGGAGACUCUCCGAUGCCCGGGUCCGGAGCAUGCAAAUCCACGGUGGUCUCUCCCAGGCCGCCCGGGAUCGUGCACUUGCCGAUUUCCGCAACGGCCGGGUCAAUGUGCUCGUCGCCACUGACGUCGCAGCAAGGGGGCUCGACCUCCCAGGUGUUGACCACGUGGUGAACUACGAGCUUCCCCACAACGCGGAGGACUACACCCAUCGGAUUGGCCGAACUGGUCGCAUUGGGAACACGGGGAUUUCGACUUCGCUCGUGGGCAGCUGGGAACCGGCGCUGAAAGAGAUCAUCAGGUCCAUCCAGGAGAUGAAAACUGUGGAAAUCCCCGAGUGGCUUGAAUACAAGGCCCUCGGUGGCGGUGGCGGAAGUGCCCGCAGCACCGGGCGUGGACGGGGGGCGUAUGGCUAUGCAGACCGAUACAACCAGCGAAGAAGCGACAAUGAGGACGAUGGCCGCUUCAAUCCAGGUUACAGCCGAAGAGGCCAGGGUGGCUACCGGCAGCGCUUCUCGAGUGAAGGAGGCCGGCAGCGCUUCUCGAACGAGGGAAGGGGGCGGUCGCCACCGCGAAAAGGUAACCGCCAAAGAGGGGAGGAUUUGCCUCCCUGGGCGCGAGGCCUCCCACCGAGGCAAAGGAUGCGCUGA